CGCCGCGGCUCUGGGGACGGCUUCCGGUCGUCGCGCUCCGGGCGGCCGCGGCGGGGAGCGGGCUGGCGGAGAGAGGCCUGGCUCCCGGUCGGCGCCCCGCUGUCCCCCAGGCGGCCGUGCCCGCGGACGCGCCCCGUGCGGCUCCUCCGCGUCCGUGCGCCGCGGCCCCCGGCUCGGUGUGCGGGGCAGUGUGGGGGCUCGCGUGUCCCGGGGGCCGGAGAAACCGAGCACAGCGCGGGCUGCGGCUGCCGGAGGGGCGGAUCCGGAGCCCCGACGCCGGGUGGCGCGAUCAGCAGCCCCUCGGGCUCCAAGCGUGGCUCCCAGAUGACAGCACUCACAGUGAAGUGAUGCCCUUCCUGCAGGCUGGAAAUGCAGGGGCCUCCUGGGAGAGGACAGGGGGCAGGGACUCUUCCUGCCCCGCAGAGGGGUCCUGCUAACCACCACUGAGCCUGAGCCCCCUUCUGGAGGGGGCGUCCUGCUCUCAGGCACCAGCCCACCGUGUGUCACGGCUGAAGCCAGCAGGGGUGGAUCUCCAGUGGCACUCUGGCCCGCUCAGACCUGUGCUUCUUCCCAGGCCCCACCAUGUCCGGACCCCAGACCCCAGAACCGACCCUCAGUGUACAGGGGGACUCCCCCAUGGGCACGAGGGAUGAGGACGCUGCUGAUGGCAUCCAGCACUCACAUCGCAUGCUCAGCUUCAGUGACGCACUCCUGUCCAUCAUCGCCACCGUGAUGAUCCUGCCUGUGACCCACACGGAGAUCUCCCCGGAACAGUUUGACAAAAGUAUACAGAAGCUUCUAGCGACCAGGAUUGCUGUCUAUCUGAUGACGUUUCUCAUUGUGACUGUGGCCUGGGCAGCACACACGAGACUGUUCCAGGUUGUUGGGAAGAUAGAUGACACGCUUGCCUUGCUCAACCUGGCCUGCAUGAUGACCAUCACCUUCCUGCCGUUCACCUUUUCCUUAAUGGUGACGUUCCCCGACGUGCCUCUGGGCAUCUUCCUGUUCUGCAUGUGUGUGAUCGCCAUCGGGGCCGUGCAGGCGCUGAUCGUGGUGUACGCCUUCCACUUUCCCUACCUCCUGAACCCCCAGAUCGAGCGCGCGCCCCACAGGGCCCUCUACCGGCAGCACAUCCUGCGCAUCGUCCUCAGGGGCCCGGCGCUGUGCUUCGUGGCCGCCGGCUUCUCCUUGUUCUUCUACCCCUUGUCGUACCUGCUGAUGGCGAUGGUCAUCUUCCUCCCCUACGUCAGCAAGGCGUCCAGCUGGUGCAAGGGCAGGCUUGUGGGCCAGCUUCUCCUCCUGGCACGCCCCACAGGCCCCCAAGAGCCCCCAGCUCACAGCAUGGAGUUCUUCACUUUCGACCUGCAUGAACCUCUCAGCAAGGAGCGGGUGGAGGCCUUCAGCGACGGGGUCUAUGCCAUCGUGGCCACGCUCCUCAUCCUGGACAUCUGUGAGGACAACGUCCCCGACUCCAAGGACGUGCGGGACAAGUUCCACGGCAGCCUGGUGGCCGCGCUCAGCGCAUACGGGCCGCACUUCCUGGCGUACUUCGGCUCCUUCGCCACGGUGGGCCUGCUUUGGUUCGCGCACCACUCGCUCUUCCUGCACAUCCGCAAAGCCACGCAGUCCAUGGGGCUGCUCAACACGCUGUCGCUGGCCUUCGUGGGCGGCCUCCCCCUGGCCUACCAGCAGACCUCGGCCUUCGCCCGCCAGCCGCGCGACGAGCUCGAGAGCGUGCGCGUCAGCUGCGCCAUCAUCUUCUUUGCCAGCAUCUUCCAGUUUGCCAUCUGGACGACGGCCCUGCUGCAGGAGCAGGAGACGCUGCAGCCCUCCGCCCGGUUCGGGGGCCGCGAGCACGCGUUCAUGUUCGCCAAGCUCGCGCUGUACCCGUGCGCCAGCCUGCUGGCCUUCGCGUCCACCUGCUUCCUGAGCAGGGUCAGCACGGCCAUCUUCCACCUCACGCAGAUCGCGGUGCCCCUCACCUUCCUGCUGCUGCGGCUGCUCGUCCGCCUGGCCUCGGCGCUCCUGCGGGCCCUGCGGGGCCUGGCCCGGCCAGUCCCCGGGGCCGAGGAGGACGUGCGGGCCCCGCUCCUCCCUUCCACCUGCUAGCUCGCCCCUCUGCCCUCCCCCCCCCCCGCUGUUCGCCCGUUGGGGGUUGGGGUCUCCCCCAGUCCUGCCCCAGAGCUCCCGGGAGGGGCUUUGCUUCUGCCGACGCCGGCUUGCGCCUCUGCAGCCCAGGCCCCGUGGCCACGUGCGUUCAGCCGGGCCACGUGGGUGCCGGCCCUCGGUGGGGGUGUCCCCAGGCCCCAGCGUGGCCGCCUGCUGCGUGCAGAGCUCCGCGGGCACCCCCCCCCCCGCAGUCCCCGGGCACAGAGGACACAGCAGCAGGACAGCAGUGCCCAGACUGUAUUUGUCCUGGAUAUAAAUUAGGGUUACAUUCAGGUAGUGACAAGGUACACACGAGGGCCUGGCUGCCAGGCGCACACUGCCCCGUCGGGGCGCACAGACUCACUUAAAUACAGAAGGACACACGACGACAGACCAGAACCCACACCGAGGCCUGCAAAGCAAAAGUAAUGGCACCACGGGGACGUCAGAGCGAACACACGUCCGUGUGCUGGAGGCACGAGAUAUGAAUGUUCCGCCACAAGUGGCUGCGACAGUGCAUUUGUGUGGUUUUGGCAGAAGCUCGGGGGACACGGGGCAGGCCCAGCCCGGCCAGCCGGCACCGACAGCGACGCCAGGACAAGCGGGAGGUGCACGGUGGGUGGGCCUCUCGGGGCGCAGGAGACUCCCCAGGCUGAGGGGCUGGGGCCGCCCCUGCGGGCGCAGUGUAGACGCAGGUGCAGUGUAGACAAGCAGACGAUUAAAACUCCUCCCACCUCA